AUGGUCGUACUUUCAGGUCAGCACACGAAUGGUACCCUAGCUCCUGCCAAAGAGAACGGUCUUCCUGAGCCUGCUCCAUUGGACGCAUCUAAACUACAGAUACAAAGAGCAAAAGAUCUUAAACCUGUACCUGAGCCUUCUACCUUAGUCUUUGGUGCAGCCAAGACAGAUCAUAUGCUCAUAGUGGAAUACGACCCGGCGUCAGGAUGGGGUACACCUCUUAUUAAACCGUAUGAAGCAUUGCAGUUGGACCCUGCUAGCCAUUGUCUUCACUACUCUACAAACCUUUUCGAGGGUAUGAAGCUCAAUAUGACGAGAAUGACUCGCUCUGCAGAAAGAUUAGCUCUGCCCUCUUUCGACCCAGGUGCUCUCCUAGCUCUCAUCAAGCAGUUGGUACUGGUGGAGAAGCGCUGGAUCCCUACAGAGCCCGGCUAUUCGUUGUAUAUACGCCCCACCCUGAUCGGUACAAGGCCAGCCAUGGGCGUUGUAGCCUCUUCUCAUGCGACUCUCUUCACCAUUGUGUCCCCCACGGGGCCGUUCUUUAAGGAAGACGAUCCUGCGAGACCUGUGAAACCGGUAUCUUUGUAUGCAUCCUAUGACCAUGUCCGUGCUUGGCCAGGAGGCACCGGUGCAUUUAAGCUGGGAGGAAACUAUGCUCCGUGCUUCAUGCCACAGGUUCUUGCUGCCAAAGAGGGCUACCAACAGAUUCUGUGGUUAUUGGAAGAC